AUGGCGGAUUUCUCAGAGAAUCAGGGCCCUCCCGCGGCGCCAGACAUGGACCAGCCGUACCUAGCCGUCUGCCCGCCCGCGCCCAUCCUCCGCGUGCCGCCCCGCGAGACCCUCACCGACGGCACCGUCACGCUCCGUCGGUGGCACGCCUCCGACGCCGAUGCGCUGUUCCGCAUCAUCACGGCCUCGCGUGGCCGGCUCGCCGCGUGGAUGCCCUGGGCGGCCCGCAAGGACGCGUACGAGCGGGACGAGGCGGUCGGCUUCACGGCACGGACGUCGAAGCGGUGGGACAGCGACGAGGGCUGGGACUACGCGAUCACGACGUCGGCGGAUGGAGGAGAGGUGGUGAUUGGAUCGUGCGGGCUGCGGCGCAGAGAGGACCACCCAGGCGUGGAUGCAGGGUACUGGCUGGCGGAUGGGCAUACGGGCAAGGGAUACGCGACGAGGGCGGUGCGGAUGCUGACGGAGGAGGCGUUUGAGAUGCUCGCGCCGAGUGUGAGGAUAGUGCACGAUCAGGCGAAUGAGAAGAGUCGCGGGGUGCCGGCGAGGUUGGGCUACGAGUGUCAGGGAGAGGUGGACGCGGAAGGGAAUCCGGAGGGACGGCCGGAUACGGUCUGGGUCAAGUAUCCGGAGCCUCAAAGAGAGUGA